GGAGCCUACGUGAGGGUGUGCCUGGACUCUGAGGAAGUUCCUGCCCCUCCGAGCUCAGGUAGUGCCGAGACGUCGGGAGGAGGCGGCGGCGGCGGCGGCGGUCCCGCCCAGUACGCGGUGCCAGUGAGCGAGGCUCCGUCCCUCCUCCUUCUCGCCGCUCGCCGAGCUGGUCGCCCGGGCGGAGCGGACGCCGAGAGCCGGAGUCCGGGCACACGGGAUGGCAGCGACCGACUGGGACUGGUUUCAGCGGGAGGAACUAAUCGGACAAAUCAGCGACCUGAGGGUACAGAACCUGCAGGCCUCCUCCUCCUCCUGUAAUGGGAUGACCGGAACAGCACGCAAUCAGUCUUGAAGGAUUUCAACAGAGCGGUUGUGGAAAGAAUGAUUCCUCGUGUGGGAGGACCGAGGGGUCACUUUAAAAGUUAAAGAGUUGCUCGUUUAAGAGAGAGAGUUGAACGAGUCAGGACACAGAAGAGGACGUUUACGCGAUGGAUCAACUUCCACUUGGAAAGGUGCAAACCACCGCUGGAGGUGAGAGAUCUGUUCCGUGACAUGCAAGAUGGGAAGGUGCUGAUGGCUCUGCUGGAGGUGUUGUCUGGACACAAACUGAUGCACCAGUACAAGCACUCAAGGCAUCGGAUUUUCCGGCUGAACAACAUUGCCCGAGCCCUGAAAUUCCUGGAGGAUGGCUACGUGAAGCUGGUCAGCAUCGAUGCCCCUGAGAUUGCAGACGGCAACCCUUCGAUGAUCCUGGGCUUGAUCUGGAACAUCAUCCUUCGCUUCCAGAUAAAGGAAGCAGCGGGCCACCUGAAGAUCUUCUCCAUGACGAACAGCCUGUCAUCCUUGCACAAUGGGAGUGAGAGUGACCUGACUGAACAGCCUGCUUCUCUCCAGGAGGCGGUGCCCCUGGCCCCAUACAAGGACCAAAGGAAGGUUAUUAAAGCGCUACUGAAGUGGGUGCAGAGGGCAACAGCAAAAUAUGGCGUGGCCGUCCAGGACUUUGGGAGCAGUUGGCGGAGUGGAAUUGCCUUUCUGGCUCUCAUCAAGGCCGUCAAGCCCAGCCUAGUGGACAUGGCGAAGGCGAUGGAGAGACCAAGUCGGGUAAACCUUGAAGACGCUUUCAAGAUAGCAGAAGACAGUCUUGAGAUCCCACCGCUCCUUGAGCCAGAAGAUGUGGAUGUUGAACGUCCUGAGGAACAGUCCAUCGCCACCUAUGUCUCACAGUUUCUGGAACAUUUCCCUUAUGUGGACGAGAACAAUUUGGCAGAAGGUGCCUCUGAAUUGCCAUUGGAUAACUCUCACUUCAGCCCUGAAGUUAUGCCUUCAAAUUUAGGAGUGCAAUAUUCAAGUAAGAGCCAGGAAGAAGAACUGAACAGUGUUCUAAGCAACGGAUCCUAUGCUUCAGCAAACCCUACGGAAACUGUGCAUACCUCGCAAAGAGAGGAGAUGGUCGAUGAUAUACCCUUACCUGAUGAAGUUGAUCACGUCCUUGAUAACGAGAAUAGAGGCUCUGAGAGAGAAGCAUCUCCUUCAUCCAUUCCUAAUGCCCAAAGCUCAACUCUGUAUCUAGAUAAUGGACCACCAUCAUCAGAUUUGCACAGCCCAUCCUCGCAGCAUUCCCCCGAUUCUACUGAGACCAUAGAGGAGAUAUACGUAGUGCUGCAUCCAGUGAGGAGAAAGACUUCAACUGGAGAGAAAAUAUUGGUUCUGGGGGAGGACCCAACGUCCCCAGUCUCCCUUGACCGCGGUUCGCCAGUCUCAGCCAAUGACGUUUUCACAGUUGUACCCGAUGUUGAAGCCUCUGCAUCAUCUGUACAGUGGGCAGGUGAUGCCUCCUCGGAAACCUCCGUACAAAAAGGCCUCGUGGACUCUUACAAUUCCAGUAACUCACAACCUCAUUCUUUACGUCCUGUCGACCUCCAAGCGGAGGCCAGCACUCCUGCCCGGAACCGUACCGUUUCAGAGUCGGGUACGCAGACAGAUGAGAAGCCAUCUUCUCGGCAGAAUGAGCAAACCUCCACGGGGAUCGGCUCAAUCCUCCAGGGUGACGAGAAAGUGUCAGUGAUACCACUCAAUCUUGUUUAUUACCCUCAUUACGACGUACCUGUGUCUGAGGUACUUGAAGCUUUCUCAGUUACCGGUACUUCACAGAAAGAUUUUAUUCCCAGGAUUCAGACUGACAAAGAACUGUCACCACUUACUGACGAAGCCUAUCAGUCUUGUUCUGAGUUCAGCGGCACAUUCUCCCUGCAGGAACUCAGUCCAACCUCAUCUGAUUACGCACUAUGCUCCCCUGACACUGAUCAAGUGGACACUUUGAGUUACUCUAGUCUUUCAGAAACCAGAGAGGUUGUUCAGCCAUCGUCUUCCUUGCAAGGGACCGAGACGGCUGAGUUUGUGCCGGAGGCGAAGACUGGUAUUCCCAGUGAACUCGCUGUGGUGUGUCAGGAUGAGCUGUCAGGUCAGCCAACACUACACCAUCCUGAUGCACCUUGGGAAGGGAAGUCCUCAGGACCAAAUAAUGGAGAUCUUCAAGUACCUGAGGGAGGAUCUCAUGAGGAUGAAGAAGAAAGGCAUGAAGGUUCAGAGGAGGUUGGAGCCCAGCAAUGGGACCUGCAGACAAAUCCAAGGGACAGGGCAGAGGAGAUUGGAGAAGAAGAGGAGGGCUCGGGCAGUGAGACAGAGCUGGUGGCCAUCGCCAGCUCACAGCAACUGGCAGAACCACAGAGCACCGAGCUUUCAAGCUCAACAGUUACAAGAACUGUUGAAGAUGUGAGAGAUGCAAACAGCUACGAUCCUUAUGGUCUGGAUCAAGAAUUGCCCCCAGAAGUGGUGGAUGAAGAUCAUUUAAAUCUUUGGCAUCAACACACGAGUGAGCAAGAUCAGAUGAAGUCACUGCUGGAACCGGGAACACUUCUCCCUGAUGAACACUCCCGUGAUCUAUUGAUGACAGCAGCAGAACAGGACGAGCAGCACGAGAUAUCAAAUUGUCAGCUGCCCUUUAACGAACCAAAAGCAACAGAGCAAACAAGCAUGGAAACAGGGUCAGCCCUAGAGUCUUGCAAUCCAACUACGUUGACAUUUGCCAGCCAAGAAGCCUCCAUCAAAAGCUGUGAUGAGACACCUUUAGAUUUGACCGCACAUCCUCAUCUUCCAUACCUGAUUGUUCUGCUUUGGAUGGCUGUGUACUGGAUGAUCAUCCUUCUGCACCUCGACCUGGAGACCGUGGGGCUCUUUGCAUCCAGCUAAUGUUACCAAACAAUCCAAUCUGCUCUGCUCAUGGCUGACAUUUUGCUGACUUGUUCUGCAUUGUUCGGUUUUACCUUAGUGGAAAAUUUUAAAAACUGUUCUGGAAUGACAGCCCAUAUUCCGUAGUGAGAUCCCAUUCUUCCAAUACUCUUAACAAAGAUAAAUAGCUAAUCUUUAUAAUUGUAGCCUCUGGGUGAAAUUUAAGAAACUAUUUUCUUUCCAUAAAAUCUGAAAGGGUUGAUUUGUGAGAAUGGUCAGAUCAGGUCUGGUUAUUAAUAACUCCUCAUGUGCAAGCAUGCAUAUCUUCAAAGAAAGCAGACAUUGUAUUGUAAACCUAUGGUUGUACGUAACCACGUGUGCACAAGAGGUUUGGAGUAAGUGGAGUCCUCACGUGAGCUGGGUAAGAGAAGGAAAGUGACGAUUUUCUUGUACAUGAAGUGAUCUUUUUCUUAAUUAUUUUGCUUUUCUGCCUGGUACAUCAUUAAUAAGCUACAAUGUGGGAAGGAAAUGCCAAAACUGAAAAGAAAGUGCAGGAAUCUGAAAAGCUGAAACACGUGGCCAAGGGUAAUGAAACCAAGAUUGAAGAUUUGGGCACAGUAGUUAGUCAGAUGGGAAUGUUCUGGAUUCUGGAUUUCUCAUGGGAAAUGCCUGGAGAACAGGGAUACUGGUCAUCCAUGUCCAUUUUCCACCUAUCAUGGCUGGGUGCACACAUUUGUGCAUCUACCUACUAUUCUGUGCAAUAAGCAUAACUCUGUGUGAUUUUGAUUCCUGUGGCUUCUGAGAUGAUCCACCUUGGUUUCCCCACAAAACUGGCCUUCAAGCCUUCUUUGAUAAAACCUCUGGUAAUACACGAACGAAGUGCCAGAGUAUCUCGGGGUCAGGGAGCAUCCAUGGAGAGGAAUAAAUAUUUGAUGUUUCAGGCCAAGACCCUUCAUCAGGACUAGAAAGGAAGGGUGGAGAAAGCUGGUAUGGUAUCCUAUACCACCAGGUUCAGGGAGCCAGAAGAUCUGAUUCAGUGCAAAAGGAAAUUAAUUAAACUAAGUCCUCAUGAAGGGUACUGGCCAAAAACAUCAACUGUUUAUUCCUCUUCAUGGGUGUUGCCUGACCUCCUGAGCUCCUCCAGCAUUUGUGUGUAUAUGUGUGUUACUCUGGAUUUCCAGCAUCUGCAGAAGCCUUUAAAUUAAAUUAAGUAGGAGCUGAUCCAGAUUAUGACAAUCUUAUAUUGCUGCUCCAAAUCCUCCAUCCCUUGCUGAAAUAACACAAAAUAUAGAAAUAAGACUCCAUAGUGAACAAUUGUUUGAACCCUGGUGGUAAAUUAAUAAUAGAAUGACUAAAGCCUGCAGAAUAUUUAAAUCCAGGAUCUCUUUCCUUCUCUGUAAUAUUCACAAGCUAUCCAUCAUUUAUUACUUAUUUGCCAGUGGGUGUCCACCUUCGAUAAAUAUGUAUGUAAUGACUUUGAUGAAACCUGAGGACAAGGCUCGCUUCAGUUUAGUAUCACCUUUGUAACAUGCAGAGUAUCUCAGCAGGUCAGGCAGCAUCCAUGGAGGGCAAUGAACAGAUGACCAAAGUGUCUUGGCUCAAAACAUUCACUGUUUAUUCCCCUCCAUAGCUGCUGCCUGAUCUGCUGAGUUCCUCCAGCAUUUUAUGUGUGUUGCUCUGGAUUUCCAGCAACUGCAGAAUCUCUUGUGUUUUUGGCUUAGCUUUUUCUUGGUGCAGUCUUUUCCUCUUUCAUCCAGUUGAUGGUAACAGUACUUAAAAUGAUACGUCAGACUGCUGCGGGAAGUAGAGGCUGGGCCUCUGCUGUUCGUGUAGCUAAUGAACAAGUGCUUCUGAAUGGCAUUUUAUGUUUGUGUGUCUGUGUUUAUGCAGCCUGAGACAGAUUUGAUUUUACUACCGAAGAGGUCUUACUGUUACCUUGUGAGCGUAAGUUUGUUUUUAACCUCUUCCUCCCCACACAGUGGAAACAUCCUCUAUAUCUAUUAACAACAACACACACAAAAUGCUGGUAGAACACAGCAGGCCAGGCAGCAUCGAUAGGCAGAAGCGCUGUUGACGUUUCGGGCCGAGACCCUUCGUCAGGACUAUAUCUAUUAGUUUUUUUUCCCUGUCAGGCAGCAGUGAGGGAAACUGAAAUUAUUUUCAAAACGUGUAGAUAGGUCAAGCAGGGUGGCAGGGUCUUUUACAAAGGUUACAUCCUGUACCUCGGGUGUGCCCUGUAAAAUUUAUAAACCUGGUCGCUAAAAUUGGUGAAGUCACCGCAUGUCCUGGGUAACACUGUCGUGUGCUUAAAGAUCUGUGCCGGCUUCACUGAUGGGCACAUUCCUGAGCUGUGUGGCCCCGCCCUCCCACCCACACACCUUCUCCCUCACUUGGUGUCACACCCUGUUGAAGGGUCUCUGUCCAAAACGUCAACUCUAAUCCCCCUACAUUUUGUGUGUGUUACUCUGGAUUUCCUGCACCUUCAGAACCUCUUGUGUUCCUGUCAGCCUUAUCGAUGUUGGAUCUGGUUAGGGUAUUCCCAAAGGGAUAUGUGCAGUAUCUGAAGGAACAGUGCCAUUCUGUACAGAAAAUAGUAACAUUCAGGGUAGCAAGCUCGUUUAUUCAUUACUGCAGCUCUUCGAUACUCACACCCUCAUCUCCCUCCUCCUUCAGCUCAUUGCCUCUUCCACCUAGCACCUCCCAUUCCUUCCUUCAUCCCCCACCCACUCUUCUUCCCCCUCACUGGGUCUCGUCCCUCAGCUGCCAGCUUGUACUCCUCCCUCCCCCCACCUGUGGGUUCUGAGUUCCCAGUUUGAGGAUCAGCAAACCUCCUUCCCUAAUCCUAGAAUCAAACAAAGCAUUAUUAACCCACGAGAUGCUGGACAAACCCAGCAGGUCAGUCAGCACCUGUGGAAGAAAAUGGACAGUCAAUGUUUCGGGUCAGGACCCUUCACCUGGACGAGAAGAUGGAGGGAAGAGAGCCAGUAUACAGAGGUGGGGGGAAGCGAUGAAGCAAGAACUGGUGGGUGAGAGGUGGAUCCAGGUGAGGAAGGGUGAUAGGCAGCUGGAGGGGGAAAGAUUCCAUUAACACAUGGGUCAGUAGAGAUGUUUCAUGGCUAUCAGUUAUCUUGACCAAUCAGCAGCUUUGAGAAUGAGUAUAGCACAUCAUGCCUUGCAGAAUCUUUUGUGAUUAAAAUUUCCUCUGCACCCUCUCUAAAGCUUCCACAUCCUUCCUUUGAAGAGAUAAGAACUGAACACACAAGGAUUGUAUGUGGAUAUAGGCCUUCCCUGGAUCACAAACACCUGGUUUAUAGACAUCCCAUACAUAGGAGCGAGCGAUCUGUAGACAUCUUCUACCGGGCAGGAAAGGGGCAAUUUCACAUGCCUGUUCUCCCUUCCCCCCCCCACCCCCACUGAGCCACAACAGUCAGGAGCCGGGCAGACUGAGUAAGGUCACUCACUCGCAGUCAGUGAGGAUGGCUGGUGGUCACUCUCCCUGCUCCUGCUCCCUCUUCAAUAACCGUCGUGUCUAGAGAAGCUCUCAGAGUGCUGGAGGGCCUCAACAGGCCAGGCAGCAUCCAUACGGAGAGGUGGACCCCUUGUUGGGUCUCGGCCUGGAACAUCGACCGUCCAUAUCCCCUCACAGAUGCUGCCUGACCCACUGAGUUCCUCCAGUACUGGUCUGCAAAUGGCCACUGGAGGCUCAUGGCAGUGGUACAGACAUCCGAGGCUUGAACAGACUCUGAGUUCUAUAGCUAAUUUAUAAAGAGUACUGGCAGGUACAGUAUCAAGUGCUCCAUGUUUGAUUUUUAAAAUCCAGUGAGAUAAAUUUAAUCUAUUUUUAGUGGACCAAAAAUAAUGUCAGAAAAGCUUUGAUGUCAAGAUUGCUGUCCAGUUCUGUUGGGUUAAGGGUGGUUUGUGGUUAAAUUGUACUUGGAUGUAGAGUUUUAUUCAAUCUUGCUGGGAAGAACUCUGGAAAUGCCUGGAAGUAUCUGUAGGUCAGGGGGUGAUUCCAGAGUAGGCUUCAAUUAAUCUCGGGUGAGCAAGAAGCCAGUUACUGAGUGGGCCUGCCAUCUGUGGAUUGACUCCGGGGUCUCCAGAGCUUUCAGCUAGGAAUAUUCUCUUGGGACGUCAAACAAAGAAAGAAUUUCUCAAUCAGGGCAUCAUGUUUAGUAUGAGACUGUUGAGAAUCUUCUCACCACAGCUUGGCUGGUAGAGUCACCGUCUGGUGUAUUUGCAAUCUCCUCAAGGCUAGCAUAUUCUGAGGGCUGCAAUCAGGCUAAUUUCUUUCCUGUUGUCCAGACCUCUGACUUGGUCGGCUAUUUGGGUUAGAAAACUAAUAAGGGAAAUGGCUGUCUCGUACCACCAUCCUGUAAGGGUCACUUGUACGUUCCUUGACAUAAGGGAAAGUGUGGCCCAGAGGCUGGCCCUCCUAGGAUGUGCUUUCCGACUCAGAAAAUUAGAGGCAUCCAUCAUUUAUAGUUCUUGAUAGAAGCUGGUUGACUUGGAAGUCUUUCAACUCAAUGUUAUUGGUAAAAUUAUAUGAUGAAUCUCAAAAUCAAAUAUUUUCUCACAAAUAUUGAUAAUAUUUCCAUGAGAUGGUGUACAUUUUUGGAAUAUUCUGUAAAGAAAAUUAGUUUAUGUGAAUAGAACUUUGUUCAAACUGUUUAAUAAAUAUCUUUAAACUCUG